AUGAUUGCGGCUGCUGAAAGGGAUAUGUCGGUCUAUCGGCGGCAGAACGAGGAGAUAAAGGGCGCGCUGAGGGCCAGGGGCUUGAUAAUGCCUUCUGAGAUGAAGGAGAAGGGCGUCACCGUGGGCGAAGUAAGGAUUUCUGGGGAUCCCGACGUUGACGACGGUCUAUCGUACGAAGAGGUCCUGCAACAGCCUGUUGAGAUCCAACCGCAACCACAGGCACACGUCCCCGAGCCGCAACAGCCUCUGCUACCAGGACAGACGGACACGCAGAUAUUCAGCGAGCAGCAGCAGCAAAUGCUACCACCGGCGCCUCCGCUGCAGCAUCCAGCCCAGCCGCUGGACUACGAUCCGUACCCUCCUGCCGAUCUCUUCGGCGAUGCCAACAUGGGCGAAAUCACUGUUACGAUGCGCAAGGACGAGACCCUCGGUACGCCAUGCUUCCAGAUCAGCGCUUCGCCAUCCAACGACGCUUCGUUCGCGAGACCUGCUACUCCGGAUCAGCUUUCGACUGAGCAAGAAAUUACUGCCAUCAACCUCAUCCUUGCGAUGGAACACAUCUGCUGGAAUCACUUCCACCCCCGCCAGUUCCCUCGCCACGCCGACCCUUGCAAGGCUGCAUCCGGCCACACAAUGAUGGCUUCCACGAUGUGCAUGUCCAGCGCCCCCGAACGCGUCUACCGCUCCGUCCGUCGCCGCGAAGUCGAGGCCCAGCACAGUUGGCAAGCCCUGGGAGCAGGCAGCUCUCUGUCCCUUAAAUCGCUGCUGUCGCUAGCAAAGACGUUGAACCCGGGCGAUAUCGAGCUCACACCGGUUCAAGCUUGGUUCGAGCUUGCAGCUCGUUAUGGUACUGCGGUGCUGAUGGAGGACAGGGUCAUCGAGGCGCUGAAGAGGGAGUUUUGUGGCGUGGUUGAUUGCAUUCACUUUGGCGCCAUCAUCGAGCGAGAUGCGUUUGAGAGCGUUGUGGCGAGGGUCAUGGCCGAGGUCGGUGUCUCUGAGCUGGAAUACGAAAUGGACGUCGAUAGGGAUAUCAGAGCCUCAAGCGGGGCCGGCAUGAUGAUUGGGACUCAGCAGAUUGCGGUUUAA